AUGUCGCUUUGUGCCCGGGGCGCAUUAUCCAGGGCCCUGAGGCCCGAUGGCCUGCGAUUCACUUCGAAUAUAUGUUCUCGGCGACUGACAUAUUCCAUAUAUUCACGAUGCCGCGCUGCGCCACCUGUGAUCCAGCACAGCUCCUUUGUCGACCGAAGCCGCAACCAGUGUCGCAAGUUUUCAUCAUCGCAUCUGCUGCAAGAGCAAGUCAAUAUCGAGAAUCUGACUGAUGUCCUGCCAACAUGUUGUCCUGGAUGUGGUGCUUUCUCGCAAACGAUCGAACCAAAUGAACCAGGCUAUUAUAGUGCCAGCCGGAAGCAGACCCGGAAACUUCUGGCCUCCAAGAAAGAGGCCAUCGAGCAGAGCAAUACGGCGGAGGACGUGACGAAUACAAACACGGAGCAGAGCGACCUUAUGGAGGAGGCACAAUCCACAGUCCCCAUACCUAGCCAAGGUGGUGCACUUCCAGAUGACGCUGUUGUACCCGACGACUACUCAUUACAAUCCCCAUCGCGCGGUUCCCACGUUUGUGAUCGCUGCCACGACUUAAUACACCAUAACAAGGCUGUUGCCUCCCCAAAGCCUUCCGUCCAUUCAAUCCGAGCCUUUAUGAACGAGUCACCUUACAAGAAUAAUCGAGUCUACCAUAUCUUGGAUGCAGCCGACUUCCCCAUGUCCCUUAUUCCACGCAUUCAUUGGGCACUUCUUGUUCAAGAGCAGCGUUCCAAAAACCGACGAUCAGCCAACGAGAAAUACCGCGGAGGCAAAAAGCUUCCUACUCUCAGCUUCGUCAUCACGCGCUCAGAUCUACUGGCAGCAACGAAGGACCAAGUAGAUUCCAAGAUGGAAUAUGUCCGUACCGUGCUCCGCGAUGCCCUGGGGAGGUCUGGGAGAGACGUGCGGCUAGGCAAUGUGCACAUGAUUAGUGCACACCGAGGCUGGUGGACGAAGCAGGUCAAAGAGGAGAUCAAUGAGCAUGGAGGAGGUAUCUGGGUGGUUGGCAAGGCAAAUGUUGGCAAGAGCAGCUUCAUUGAGGCGUGCUAUCCCAAGGACUCACGACGUCUCGAAAAUAUGGCCGAAUGGGUCGAACGCCAACGGGAGGAGCACGAGAUUCCUAAUCAACGGCAGGCCUCUCUAUUGGAUCCCGAUAGUCUGCUUCCUCCUGCCCCCCGCGAGGACGUGUAUCCAGUUCUACCGGUAGUGUCAUCCAUGCCGGGAACGACCGUAUCGCCUAUUCGAAUUCCAUUCGGCCGCGGGAAGGGUGAAGUCAUCGACUUGCCUGGCCUCGAACGUGGCGAGCUGGAGGAUUACGUGCGUGAUGAGCACAAGCGUGAUUUGAUCAUGACCAAACGGAUCAAGCCCGAUCGAUGCACCGUCAAGCCUGGCCAGUCUCUGCUUUUAGGUGGUGGUCUUGUGCGCGUUACCGCAGUAAACCCGGAAGACACAAUUCUUGCUGCCUGCUUCGUGCCCAUCGAAACCCACGUCACAAAGACGGAGAAGGCUAUCGAGGUGCAGACUGAACAGCGAGCCUAUGCAGGAACCGUCCUCAUGAAAGAAGGCACAGGCAGCACAAUGGCAUCUGCUGGAAAGUUUGACUUAAAGUGGGACACCACCGCUUCGAAUCUGCCCUCCACGGUCGCCAAGGCUGUCAAGGACAAAGGAAUUCCUAUUCCCAAGCUCCCAUAUCGCGUGAUGUCAGCCGAUAUCCUCGUUGAAGGCUGCGGCUGGGUCGAAGUGAGUAUCCAGGUCCGCACCAAGCGCACCCCAGAGACCGAAACAGAGACCUACCCUCAAAUCGAAGUGUUCACACCCAACGGGAAACACGUUGGCUCUCGACCACCAAUUGAAUGUUGGAACUUCAUUGCAGAGAAGAUCAAAGCUGACAAACGCAAGAGGCCGCGCCUAAGACACCGAUAUAGUUGA